UAGUUUUAAAUGACUUUAUUGUUUUUCGAAGUAUUCUCCACGAAGCACUUAUUCUACUCGAUUGCUGGCAUAUCCAAAAUGGCAUUUUUGAAUGCGUCAACUGCUUCUUCUGGUGACCGGAACCUUUGACCACGCAGUCUGUUUUUAAUUUUCGGGAAAGUAAAGAAAUCGUUAGGACUUAGAUCAAAGCUAUAUAGAGAAUGGUCCAAUAAUUCCACGUUUU